AUGAAAAUUCUUCUGGAUAUUUCAUCGUGGUAUUUCAUUGAAGCUAGAUUCAUUGUUAUUGCCCCAAUAGAUUCACAGUUGGCAAGUGACUUUAUCGAAGAACUGUUACCAUUCAUCCACAAUAAAAUAUAUGAAAAGGUAGUAGUUUCGAAUAUUGAUGUACCAAAAGAGACGAGCAUUCCUCAUGGGCGUCUAUGGAAAAAUUUAGACAUAUUGCACCAAGCAUUUCUACUCGUAGUGGAGAGGGGAGAUGCAAUGGUACAGUUUCUCAGAUUCAUACAACAGAAUCAUAGUUAUUCACUUCUCAGAAAUCCAAGAGGUCAUUUUCUGAUCAUCAUCUUGGGAAUGACCGGAAAUCAUCAGAAUGAUGUAAAAAGAAGGGAAAUUGAAAAUAAGUACUGCCUCUUGUUUCAGAACAUAUGGAAAGAGUUUGGAAUUUUAAAUAUUAUAAUGCUGGUCAUAAACACUUCAGAUUAUCCUAAACUGAAGUCAGGGCAUAUUGCACUGAUAGCAGCAUUUAACCCUUUUAUUGGUUCAACAAAGUCAAGAGGAAAGCUUAUUGUACAUAAUGAAAAUUAUAUAAUUAAUUUGGUCAGAAGCCAUACAGAUAGGCUGAAUAAUCUAAGAGGAUAUCCAGUCCGUAUUACACUAUUUUCAAGAGAGCCAACUUCAUUUCCUUCACAUUCGGGUGAUAAAGUCAUUGAUUACAUUGGAAUGGAUGGGUUCUUCAUGAGAAACUUGGCAAGAAAAAUGAAUUUCACACCCAUUGCUGAUAGUCCGAAAGAUGGUAGAGAAUAUGGUUUUAUUUUUGAGAACAAUGGCACUUCUACUGGUACUCUAGGUGAUAUUCUUGAUGACAGAGCUGAUCUUUCACUCAAUUCUCGUUUUGUGAAAGAGUAUGGAACUAACGAUAUUGAAUUUACCAUACCUGUUGGCUUCGACAGUCUCUGUAUCAUAGUGCCAAAGGCUAAACAGCUCCCAAAAUGGCUUGCACUGUUCAGGGUAUUUGAUUUACAUGUCCAAUUUUCCCUUGUCUGUGUUUAUGUAGUAUGUUCUAUAAUAAUUUAUAUCCUACAGAUAUUGUAUUCUCAUUUCAAAUCUGACUACAAAACUGCCAGCUUGUCUGCCAUAUUUAUAGAGAUGUUAACCCCUUUCCUAUCACUUUCCUUGGCUCGAAUGCCUUCAUCUCGGUCAGAGAAAGUACUUGUUAUAUUGUGUCUCGUAUUUGGGAUGAUUAUAGCUUCAUCAUUUCAAGCAAAGCUCGUUACUGUGUUAUCAAAACCUGAUUACUAUCCUGACAUCAAUACACUUGAAGAAUUGGAUGCAUCUAAUUUGAUCAUUGCCACAGGAUCUAUCAAUUUAGUUCAGGACACAUUCAGUACAGAGGAGUCUCCUCCUGCAAGACACCUCAGAAGCAAAGUAACUUACUGUAACUUACAGGAAGGCAACAUCAAUUAUGUUGCUAAGCACCAGAAUAUUGCUGCAUUGAACAGAUUAAGUACUGCUAUGUAUAGUGUACUUCAUUAUCGCAAUUCAGAUGGAACAUUUCUAUUACACAUUGUUAAAGAAUGCCCAAAGAUUUAUUCUCUAGCGUACAUAGUUCAUAAAGGAUCCCCAUUUUUGUUACGAAUCAACCAUGUAGUAGCACAACUUGAAGAAACAGGUAUUGUAAAUAAGUGGAAAGAAGACACAUACUUCAAUAUGACAGCAUUUCACAGAAGUGAAUACAGUGGCAAUUAUUUGCUCAAAGUGUUCUCUCUGGAAGACCUGCAAAUGCCUUUCCUGAUACUUGUUUGUGGGCUGUUCAGUAGUGCCAUCACAUUCUUUGCAGAGCUGACAGCAAAACAUUUUUCAUUUUGUAAAGGAGCCAAAUGUAAGAAACUUGCUUUGUUGCAAAAGUAA